CGCACUGUGUAUAGGGAAAGGUGAUCCCAUUUUUAGAUGUGUGCGAACGUAUCAAGUUUAUCGUUCAUCAAUCUCUUCUGCUGCAUCCUCUUCGUUGCACAUGCGCACUGGACACCUGUGGCGAUGAUAUUGGCAAAAUACUUUGAUCUCCGACAAAAACAUCUUUAAAAUGGGGUGGAUUUGAUAAAAAGUUUACCUGAGAAGGAGGAGAGUUAGCGAUAAAAAGACCAAUUAAAAUGUCGGACGAAUCGCCAUCGUCCAAUACAGAUAGCCCGGUCCAGUCUUCUUGGUAUCGCCGCAGGCAGGAAAGAGAGCGCUACCACACCACCGCCAUUGACAUCAGCCAAAUAAACGCCGCAGCUAUGUCCGCCUCGACCACCACCGCCUCAACAACCUCGACUUCCGGUCCCGGUGGUAACAAGCUUGCGCAGGAGAUCAACGACGAGUUCUUGACUUGCAAGAUUUGUUUGGAGGGCUACAAGAGCCCGAAAUGCCUCGACUGUUUGCACACGUUUUGCGAGCAGUGCAUUGAUAAUCACAUCAUGAACGAAUGCACCUACAAGAAAUAUAGCGACUAUCGAGAGUUUACGUGCCCAUUGUGUCGCAAAAGAACACAAUUACCUCUAGGUGGCGUCAAAAAGCUUCCCGACAACUUUCUUGUUUCGAGUCUUUCGGAGCUUGUGCAGCGUCAGAGACCUUCCAAAUUCCCGUUCUGUGACAUCUGCAAGCUCGUCAACAGGAAACACCGCGAGGCGACCUCCAAAUGCUUAGACUGUAACAAGCUUCUUUGCAAACAAUGUGUAGAGAUGCACAAGGAAACCAAAGUCACGAAAAACCACAGUAUUUUUGAUGUAGAGAUAGAAAAAGAUAUUGAAUGCAAAGAGCACUCUGAGGAGGUUGUCCGUUUCUAUUGCGAACCUUGCGAAGCUUGCAUAUGUGUCCUUUGCACCUUCAACGAACACAAGGAUCACGAAAUCACGCAGUUUUCGGAGGCAGUUGUAAAAUACAAGGAAAACAUAUCUUGUCUAUUGGACGACUGCAAAGAAAAAAUUUCGACGUACGACACUCAACUGGAAGCCUUGUCAAAAUGCGAAACCGUUAUUCGAACUACCGAGCAAAAGGUUCGAGACACAGCCAUCCAAUUUAUCGCCGAUAUUCGAACGAAAGAAAAGAAGUUAAUCGAUGAUUUACACGAAAUAUAUGGUUCAGAUGUUAUGGACUAUGUCUCUAAAAGGAAUGAUAUGCAGGCGAACGUAGAUAGCUUGAAGAGCACGUGCAGUCUGACGGAGCUAGUUUUGAGAGGGAAAGACAUAGAAUUACUGCUUCUCAAAAAACAGGUUCAGGAGAAAUUGUCUGGAUUGUCACAGAUAGAACUGCGAGAGUUGCCGAAGACAGUGGAGAAGAGUAUAACCUUCAUUCCGGGUGGCCUAGACAUGGGAUCCUUAGAAGAUGCAGACUCAUCACAACCAGGAAAGAUCCGUACCCAAAGAACAUUUGCCAGCAUCGGAUCCCAAAGAUCCGUUGCAGCAGAGCCUCCCAAAUUCUACCGCACUUUUUCGACUCAAACAGAAGACGUCGAAGAACCUGGAAAACCCGCAUUUGCCGAUACAUAUGUACAAACAGAUGUAUUCGGAUCUGGAACAAAUGGCGAAACAACCGACAAGGCAGUCGAGACGGACAAGGUAGAUUUACAGGAGAAGGGGGUAAACACCAGAUCACGCAGUUUGCAGAGUGUAUCUGGUAUCCAACCGAUUCCCAGAUCGUCGUCACGUGAUGAUAAUAACACCAAUGGAGAAACCAAUUCUCAAGGAGAACCAAUGUCUCCCACGACCGCCAGACGACACCGAAGGCGUCGAGAGCGCCCAAAAAUCGAGGUCUCGUCACGACCUACCACCAACCGCCCGCCACCGCAAGGGGUGGUGAUUAUGAACUCUUCGACUGGAGCCUGUCCCGUUCUGACCUACAGUAGCAGCAUCGACGAGAAUUACUUCAGUCCAGAAGGAAGCAUCGCUUCUCCCUGAUGAGAGCUUAGCCUAGAGUAGAAUUUAUCUUAAUAUGGAUGUUUAAUUAUAUUUAUCUGUGCACAUCGCCAAAGUUAAGGGAGCAAUAGGAUCCCUUCAAGAUUUCGUGCUAAAACAGUUGUUACUACAACUGAAAAUAUAAGUAGCGUCUACGUGUACACUCCCAUACGCAGCUGUGUAAUAAGUAGUUCAUUGUUGAUUAUUACUCAUUUUUAACGAAAUGUGACGAUGCGUGCCCUAACCAUAUCAAUCCACGGCCAUUGUUAGGGUGCUGGCCAAUUUUGUUCCGUGUAAAAACUUGUGCCAAACCAUAGACCUUUUCCUCUCUACACGAAUAACUCGAUAACGGAAUGUGAAAACAGUCCGUACUUGUUUCUCUGUUUAGAUCCAGCGUGUUAUAAAUAUCUUACGACCUAACAGACCUUGAAGAAUCCAACUUUUUUAUCUCCAUUAUUAUAUAUUUUCGUUGACGGAAAGAUGUUAUAGUUACGUUAUAAUAUUAGAUGUGAUACUGUGUUUAAUAACGUAUUCCAUAUAGUAAUAUAUUUUGUAUUCAUUUGCCUCAAUUGUGACUAAUAGUUCAUAGAUAGUCACGUGAUCUAUAUCGUCUGCAAUAUUCUAUGAAAUUCAUCAUACAGAUGGAAUUCGAAAAGAGUCCAAGAACAUUCCUUCCAAACCUCUCUGACA